CUGCGGCGGUUGGUAGCUCGUGUUCCCUCGGCGUCGUUCGCAGCCCUUCUACCUCGUACACGAUGUCCGGACGCGGCAAGACCGGCGGCAAGGCCCGCGCCAAGGCCAAGUCGCGCUCUUCACGCGCCGGCCUUCAGUUCCCGGUAGGCCGCGUGCACCGGCUGCUGCGGAAAGGCCACUACGCCGAGCGCGUGGGCGCAGGCGCACCGGUGUACCUGGCGGCCGUGCUCGAGUACCUCACUGCCGAGAUCCUGGAGCUGGCGGGCAACGCGGCCCGCGACAACAAGAAGACGCGCAUCAUCCCGCGCCACCUGCAGCUGGCCAUCCGCAACGACGAGGAGCUCAACAAGCUGCUGGGCGGCGUGACGAUCGCGCAGGGCGGCGUCCUGCCCAACAUCCAGGCCGUGCUGCUGCCCAAGAAGAGCAGCGCCACCGUGGGGCCCAAGGCGCCGGCGGUCGGCAAGAAGGCCUCCCAGGCCUCUCAGGAGUACUGAGGGAGCCCGCGCCGAGGCCGCCCAGCCAGCCCUCCCCACACCUCCACAAAGGCCCUUUUCAGGGCCACCACCUCCCUCACAGAAAGAGCUGAGCCACUUCGGGCUGCGGCCCGCCGCGUCCCCAUCCCCUCUCCGCCCUCGCGCCUCUCUCCCCUCACCCCGCACGGUCGCCGCGGCACCUGCCCAUCCCGGAGCUCGUGACAUCGCUUCGCCAUUCUCUGUCGUGGACGACGACCCCGUGCGGAGAGGCUGCGGCACCUUCCCGAGGUCUCGGCCUCUGGCUCUGACGUCCUGCCGCGGUGGGCUUGAAGGUUAGUCCCUCCGCAGCUGCAGCCCCGGCGUCUUUCCUUCAGCUUGGUGCUUAGCCCUCGCCUGGACCUUGGAGAAGUGACUUGAUUGCCGGGCUUUGAGGAGGAGAAAUGGAUCACUUGUUUCAUUCUGUGUCCCCGUUGCUGGCCUCAUACCAGUUGACCCUGUCGCCAUUCGUAGGCCGGUGUGGUGUGGCCGGGAGAAAAAUCGUUGUAAUGUGAACCCAGUUUCUCCAGGAUACCUCCCGGCAAGGGUCAGAGGCGCUUACCGGCCUGUGGACAAGCGUUGGAUACCUGCCGCAGGCGACAGGCAGCCGGGCCUAGCCAUCCAUCCCCUCUUCCCCAGCGAUUCAACUACAACCCAAACAUCUAGAUACCAGCACAAGCCGGUGAAUCCCUGUCUGGACUGAGCCUCUGGCUUCUGAACUGGAAUUUUUGCAGCUAUUACAAGUUUAGAAUCUUAAGUGGGGAGAUUUAAUGGGCUAAUUUUAUUAAAGGAUCGUUUGGUUUUUUAA